AUUCGGGAGGAGAGACUUGAGGGUCACGUUACGGAUCGGCCUCUAUCGAGCAACUUCAUUAGCUAGCUCCACCAUAAUUUCAUGGAGAUGGGCCUUAAUCAUCUUUCCUAUUAAGUUAUUCGGAAGGGAGAUUAUGAUUUUCUAUAAUCCAAAGUCACCGAAAACCAAGCAUACAUCAUGUCUUGUUAGCUCUCAUGUCGUAUUCAGUACAAAGAUUUCCUAAGAUUCGGAAAAGAAUACGGUGACCCCAUCAGGCAUCUACCGUGAGAUUCUCUCUGAUCUAAUAUGCUCCGAGUUUUAUUGCCAUCAUCAUCUUGUCCUUUCCUCUUUCCUCAAUCAUUAAUUCCUGGAAUAUUAGGAGAAAUCUAUUACAACAACAUGUGAUGUUGGCCUGAACAAGAUCAGAAAGAAAUCCAUAGCGCAGUUUCAUCGGGAUUGCUUCUGUGCACAAGGAGAAGCAGAUCUCCAUACUCAUGGAUUCGGUUCUAUCUCGACACCAGUCGAUGCCUACGCUCAAAAAAAAAGUACAUAGACUAUUCUUCAGUGAUUUGCUACAUUAUGGUUUGUAAUGGAUCAAACUAAGUGCCCAAAUGGGAAGUUUAGCUCCAGCAUUGUCCAGCUCAUCAGAGCAAGAUUUGGCAAGUGAAAGCAACUUCAGAUACUCUUGUUUUGGGUUUUGUCUUUUUUUCUUUUUAUGGAGAUUGAGGAUACUUGCAGAUUCUGCCCUAACAGAUAAUCUGUAAAUGAAAAGACAACACGAGACGUGCUAUGCAAUGCUUCAAGAAAAGCUUUGCAUGAAGUCAUUGAUACUUAUUGAGAGCAACAGAUGAACAACCCCACAAGCGCAUGCAGAGAUUAAAUGUUUAAUUACACUAUAAUUCGCAAGAAAUCCUAACGAAAGCCAGGUCCCGUAGCUCAGUCGGUUAGAGCGUUGGUCUUAUGAGCCGAAGGUCGCGAGUUCGAGCCUCGCCGGGACCAUUGCAGCUUGUAAUCUCCGUAGUUUGUGUUAUUUAUAUUUUACUUAUGAAAACAUGUGAAAUUUCACCUAUAACAUAGUCGACAUUGCUGAUAAGCCGUGCAAGCUUAUCUCUUUCGUCUUUUAUGUAUUUUUAUUGGAGUGAAACAUUUAUCAAUUUAUUGUUGCCUGUUGGUGUUGAUUGUCCAUCUUGGGGAAGAUCAAACACUGUCUUCACUAUAGAUGAGACGUCAACUAUGCUUAGCUAGUUCCAUGUGGCGACUCUCACGUUGCAUCUCCCCUCAUUCUCUACAAUAAAAAUGGCAUUUUGCUUCUCUUGUUUUCAUGUUCACAUUACCGGUGCAAGCAGAAGUGAUGGGUCCUGGAUAUUGCUUUAGGACAAUAGUUAGCCUCAAGAAAGCGAAGGAAGGAACUUCCAAACAAGCGAAGGAGGAAUUUUGCGCUGCAAAUUUAAAUGGGUCCAAGCAGGAUUCACAAAGAAAGUCGGGUAUUCCUGGAAAACGGAUCGAAGAUACUGCAGCAACUAGGAUUCAAGCUGCAUUUCGUGCAUUUCUGGCAAGAAGGACACUGUAUCGUCUGAGAUGUGCGGUGAGGUUCCAAAGCUUGACUCAUGGUCUACCCGCGACACAGCAAGUGUCGACCGCACUUAGCUAUUUGCAUUCGUGGAGCAGGAUCCAAACCCAGAUUAGAGCUCGACGAAUUAACAUGGUCGCUGAGGCACGCAUGAGGCAAAAGAGACUAGAAAAUCAGUUGAAGUUUGAAGCCAAGCUCCAGAAGCUAGAGCUCGAAUGGUGUGGAGGCCCUGGAACCAAGGAGGAUAUCCUUGCAAAGAUACAGGAAAGAGAAGCAGCGGCAGCCAAGCGCGAGAGAGCCCUGGCAUACGCCUUCUCUCAUCAGUGGAAGGCUAACUCCAGCCACUACCUCAGUCAACCUUCUUAUUGUCUUGACAAAGAAUGUUGGGGUUGGAGCUGGUUGGAACAUUGGAUUGCUACCCGGCCCUGGGAGAUCCGACCUCAGUCAAAUUCAACUGGAACGAUGGUGAAGCAGCUCAGCAAAACAGCAAAGCCAUGUAAUACCCAAAGGUCAAAACAGCUUCAAUUGUACUAUUGAAACCCAGGAACUCAGAGGUAAUCACCGAUCUCGUGCGAUUCCAGCUUGGCAAUGUGACAUAAGCUUAUGAGAUUCUUGAGUAAUUUAUUUCAGGAUUGAGAUGAGGAUUGCGUGAGUAGCAGUAGCAGUCUCUAAGAGUAUGGGACAUAAGUCAUACUCGGGAAUGGUGUAAUCUUUCUUUACUGGACAACUGAUAAUUUAUGAACUAAAUUAUGAUUCGUCGCUGGUUGUCUUUAAUAAAUCUGGCGGAUGUAACUGCCGAGCUCUGUGAUUUGGAUUGUUCAAUAAUGUGUGUUAUAAUAUGUAUCUGUUUCAUCGUAUUAGACUCCAGCCCAGAAAGAAACACCAGUGUGGCCCUCAUUAUUUGUAUUUGCUUUAGACUUAAUAAAAGAAUAUCAAACAA